AUGUCAACAACCAAACAAACAGCGAAAACUUCCGUGGAAAACCUACCCACCGCCCACCUCUCCGCCUUCAAGCGCACUCUGAGCGGAAUCCUGUCCACAACGCUCGCAGAACGUACAUUCGCGCAGAUAAUCGACGGUCUACCCACACGAGAUGACAAUGGAUACUUCCCAACAUACAGCACGGAAAUUCGGGACAAUACUGCUUCCUCUGCGGAAGCUAUGGAGGGUGCACGAGAACUUCUUCGAGGACAUAUCAAUGCAUACACCACGCUAGUAGACGCAAAGUUAGCACAAGCUUAUCAGGAUGCUCGACCAGGGUCUGUAGAGUUUUAUCUGCGAUUGUUGGAGAUGCUAGCUGUUGCGUGCCACGAUAUCGCUGCUCUUGUCUACGGGGAUACGCAGCCUGGUUUGCGCCGAGCCGGCCAGAGCGCCCAGGAAUGUCUGGCUGCGCUUGAGGGUAGGCCGACGGAUUUCAUGCAUGAGGAUUAUUGUGCGUUGCAGCAGUAUCCGAGGGGGGUAGCAGAUGUGGCCGAGUAUCACUUAUUCGGUGGCGUAGUGCUGUUUGAUAGGGGGGGUUCUGGCACUGAUUGCAAGCGUGCGUUCCUACAUCCCGUGGGCGGAUUCAGGAUAUUCCAAAUUUCCUCCACCCAUAUUAAGAAAUUCGCCGAAUACGUACAAGCUUCCGAGGAUACGCAAGAAGCACUGUUUCCGUUCAGUGCAGAAAAAUAUACAUAUCGCGUCGACCCGUUCGAUGCCAUGGCACUCAAUAUUUAUCGGGACAGAUAUGAGCGGGUGAUACCAAGAGAUAGACCUACGAGAUGUGUUCAGCGUCUUGCGGAUUUUCCGGAAUUACAGGACGCGCUGGUACAAAUUAAUCGUGACGGCUCUGAUCAGUGA